AUGGCAUUGAGCAAUGCUCCACAAAAUCUCAAGUUGAUAUCUCCUGAUAUUCAAAAAGAUAUUGUAAAUGUGGCCGCAUUUGAAACUAUCAAUGUGAUUAUUAGAGAUCUUGGUGAUGCACUUUUUUCUAUUUUGAUUGAUGAAGCCUGUGACAUAUCAAUCAAGGAGCAAAUGACAGUUGUAAUACGAUAUGUUGACAAAAAAGGCCAAUUGAUUAAGUGCUUUUUGGGUAUUGAGCAUGUUGCUAAUACGAAUGCUCUCUCACUCAAACAAGCUGUGGAAAAUGUAUUCUCUAUACUUGGAUUGACAUCAUGUAAACGUCGAGAUAUUGUUAGGGAGAAACAAGUUGCAAAAGUUGUUGAGGCACUUAAUAAUGGAGAGCUAUCUAGUGGACAAAACUUAAAUCAAGAAACUAAUCUUAAACAAGCUGGUGAUACGCGUUGGGGUUCGCACUAUGGUACUUUAGUCAGCUUGGCUAGUAUGUUUUCAACAGUGAUUGAUGUACUUGAAAUGAUUUCAGAGGAUGGUUCAAAUUUAGAACAACGAGCAGAAGCAAAUGUAUUAUUGGACUCAAUUCAAUCAUUUGAGUUUGUAUUCAACCUUUAUUUGAUGAAAAUGAUAUUGGCUAUUACAAGUGAGUUAUCCCAAGCACUACAAAGGAAAGAUCAAGAUAUUGUUAAUGCCAUGAAUUUAGUUCAAAUUUCUAAAGUACGGCUCCAAAAGAUAAGGGAGAGUGGGUGGACAUCUUCACUUGAUGAUGUUUUGUCUUUUUGUGAAAAGCAUGAAAUUGAUGUUCCCCAAAUAGAUAAUAUGUUUGUAGCUCGAAGGAGAAAAAGGUGCAAUGCUCAAGAAAUUACAAACUUACAUCAUUAUUGUGCUGAGUUAUUCUACACUGUUUUGGAUAUGCAAAUUCAAGAACUAAAUGCUCGUUUCACUGAGUCGAACACUGAGUUGUUACUUUGUGUGGCAUGUGUUAAUCCAUCUAACUCUUUCUCUAGUUUUGAUAAGAAAAAGUUAAUUCAUCUUGCCGAAUUUUAUCUCAAAGAAUUUUCUUCAAUGGAGCUCAUGAUACUUAAUGAUCAACUUGAUACAUAUGUUAUCAACAUGCUAUCCAGUAGUGAGUUAUCAAGGUUGAAUGUAAUUACCGAUCUUGAUAAGAAAAUGGUGGAGACUGAAAGAGACAAAAUAUAUCCAUUGGUGUAUUUGCUCUUCACUUUAGCAUUAAUCUUGCCUGUUGCAACUGCUACUAUUGAGAGUGUAUUUUCAGUUAUGAAUAUUGUGAAGAAUCGGUUACGGAAUCGAAUGGGUGAUGAAUGGAUGAACGAUAGCUUAGUGUGA